AUGCAUAGUUAUAUUACCAGUCUCGUUAGCCUUGUUGGGGUUCUUUCCCUUGGUUAUACUGCCGCAACACUGCAAAAUAUCACCAAUGACUCGUAUUUCUACGGCGAUUCACCUCCCGUUUAUCCCUCACCCGAGGGCACUGGGACCGGUGAAUGGGCGUUAGCCUACGAAAAAGCCAAAAAGCUGGUCGCCAGCCUUACUCCUGAAGAAAGGGUCAAGCUGACAGCUGGAGUUAAUGCUGAUAAUAGCUGCUCAGGAAACAUACCCUCUAUUCCACGUUUGAACUUUCCAGGUCUUUGCGUCUCCGAUGCGGGGAAUGGUCUUGAGCGAGUUGGAAUAAAGCUCUUUCCCGGCAAAGGGGCCUCCACAUGGGUGGGGGCCGUAACUGGGAAGGCUUCUCAACAGAUCCCUACCUCAGUGGCGCAUUGGUUUACGAAACUGUUUGUGGAAUACAAUCUGCAGGUGUGGGUGCGUCUACCAAGAAACCCUCAGAAACUUAAUGGUCUCGACAUCGCUGCUAUCUCAUCCAAUAUUGAUGACAAGACCAUGCAUGAGCUGUAUCUUUGGCCAUUCCAAGACGCUGUGCGAGCAGGAACUGCAUCAAUCAUGUGCUCUUACCAAAGAAUUAAUAAUUCAUAUGGAUGCCAGAAUAGCAAGACCCUUAAUGGGCUAUUGAAGACAGAGCUGGGCUUUCAGGGAUACGUGAUUUCUGACUGGGGUGCCCAGCAUGCUGGAAUUGCUACAGCCAACGCUGGGUUGGACAUGGCCAUGCCAUCGACGAAACUGUGGGGGCCCAAACUCACCGAAGCUAUCGAAAAUGGGACUAUGGAAGCAUCUCGUUUGGAUGAUAUGGCAACCAGAAUUCUGGCAACAUGGUAUAAAUUAAAACAAGACGUCAAUUUCCCACCCUCAGGCAUAGGGAUGCCCAAGGACGUCAAUGCAGAUCACCAGGUUAUCGUCGGGAUAACCCCGGCGUCCAAGCAAACCCUGCUUCAGAAUGCGAUUGAGGGCCAUGUGUUGGUCAAAAAUAUCAACAAUGCUCUCCCCCUCCGGUCUCCCAGGUUAGUAUCAGUCUUUGGCUAUGACGCCAAAGGACCCGACAGCUGGAGCACCAAUUUAGAGUUCUGGGGAUAUAGCCCCCCGAUUCAAGGAAACCAUACCUUAUAUGUUGGUGGGGGAUCGGGAGCCAACUCACCCGCCUAUAUUAGUGCGCCCCUGGAUGCCCUCCAGGCGCAAGCAUCUCAGGAUGGCUCAUCUCUGAUAUGGGACAUCACAUCUCUGGAUCCCGCUGUGAACCCCACCAGCGACACUUGCCUAGUUUUUAUAAACAGCUAUGCCACGGAGGGUUAUGACCGGCCGGGUUUGGUAGAUGAGACUAGCGAUGUCUUGGUGACUAAUGUAGCCAGCAAGUGCGACAGCACAGUUGUGGUUGUCCAUAAUGCAGGAAUCCGCCUAGUAAAUGCUUGGAUAAAUCACCAGAACGUUACCGCUGUGAUAUUUGCCCAUCUUCCUGGGCAGGAUUCAGGGAGGUCUGUGGUAGAACUACUUUACGGCAGAUCAAACCCUUCGGGUAAACUCCCCUAUACCGUCGCAAAGAAGGCAGAAGACUAUGGACAAUUACUCCAUCCAAUGGAGGCAAAGGAGCCAUUUGGACUUUUCCCCCAAGAUAAUUUUAGCGAGGGGAUCUUUAUUGACUACCGUGCCUUCGAUCAGCAGGGAAUUGAGCCCCAGUUCGAAUUUGGAUUUGGACUAUCAUACACGACCUUCGACUACUCAGGCCUGCACAUUGACACUGUUAGCGCGAUCAACACCCCAUAUCCACCGCCAGCUGCAGUACAGGAGGGUGGGAACCCGCAUUUAUGGGAUGCCUUGGUGAGGGUGAGAGUGCAGGUGAAGAAUAGUGGCUCGGCGGAUGGUGACGAAGUGGCUCAACUUUACGUCGGUAUUCCAAAUGGCCCAAUCCGUCAGUUACGUGGAUUUGAAAAGGCGCAUAUUACGACAGGUUCCACAGCAAAUGUCAUGUUCUCGCUGACCCGUCGUGACCUGAGUGUAUGGGACACCAAUGCACAACAGUGGUGGUUGCAGCCCGGUACGUAUCAGGUAUUUGUGGGCCGUUCCAGUCGGGAUCUCCCUCUGAGGGGUCAUUUUACACUCUAA